UCACAACAGCAUACCUGUCUCAGUAUGCUUCUUAGUGGUGUGCUCCUUUCUAACUGUAGACUAAAUUAAUGUAGCUAUUGUAUGUUGGUGAGAUAGUCGUUGUGCGUCGAGCGCUGUGUAGGUUUAAAUAAUAUUAAAGUCUUUUCGCGCCUUUAACAACUAAACUCCAAUCAGAAAUGGCUACAGUAGUUGCUCAGUCCCAUUUUAUCUUCGGCCUAAGAACAGGUGUGACAAAUAAUUUAUGUUUCUUCGAUGAACAAACUGUCGUAUUCCCCAGUGGAAACAACUGUGUGUGUUACAACACCGUCCAGAAAUGCCAGAGGUUCAUUCCGGGCUCAGAGAAAAGUCGGGGCAUGCGUGCUCUGGCUAUCAGUGCCAAUCGGCGGUACCUGGCAGUGUCAGAGUAUGGUGAGAAGGCCACCGUAACAGUGUACGACCUGCAGCAUGAGCAGGGCAGGAAGAGAAAGGUUCUGACUGCUGGCGAUACGCUUGUUCAGGAGUUUGUAUGCAUGGCUUUCUCCCCUGAUUCCAAAUACCUGAUAGGUCAAACAGGCAGCCCAGAGUGGAUGCUGAUGUUCUGGCUUUGGGAAAAACAAAAAGUCCUGGUAUCUGUUAAGACCACUAACUCAAAUAAUCCCAUUACUCAGGUAAGCUUCAACCCUUACAACAACAUGCAGGUGUGUGUGAGUGGAACUGGUGUGUUCAAGCUGUUCCGCUACUCAGAGGGAGCCCUGAAACAGAGCAGCUUCCCAAAGGUGGAGACCAUCAACUUCUUGUGUCACACCUGGACAGCAGCAGAGCAGGUGAUCGCUGGAACGAGCACAGGCAGGCUGCUGGUGUUUGAGUCUGGAAAUCUGCGAAGAGAGAUCAACAUAACUUCGAAGACUGUGCAGGAGCAGUCUGACAGACAAAUGGAGAUAAAAAAGAACAAAGACACUGAUGUGGAUGAAGCCCCCACUGUCUCCAGCAUCACAGCCAUCCUGUCGUACUCCAAGGGCUUUGUGUGCUCGGUGGGUCCUGGUACUGUCUGUCUAUUUGAAAAGACAGAAGAGGACAGUUAUAGAAAGAGCAGGGACAUACAGAUUCCUCCAGACCCGUACAGAAAUGAGGUGACCCAGGCUGAGUGCCAGGAGAUUGAUACCAUGUGCAUCAGUCCAGCAGAGGAGACUCUGGCUAUCAGCACAGACCAAGCACAGCUAUACAGCAUCAGCCUGUCUGCUGUGGACAUGAACAAGGAAGAAAAACAUCAUUUUGAGUUCCUGUUCCAGUCCUUUCACUCCAAGUCCAUCACUGGUUUAUCCAUCUGCAUCCGGAAGCCCCUCAUAGCUACUAGCUCUCUGGACCACUCUGUCCAUAUCUGGAACUACGAGACAAAAGUGCUGGAGCUGUAUAAAGAGUUCCAGGAGGAGGCGUAUAGUUUGGCCCUGCAUCCCACUGGCCUCUUCAUCCUGGUGGGCUUUGCAGACAAACUCCGGUUGAUGAGCCUACUUAUCGACGACAUUCGCACCUUCAAGGAGUUCACUGUGCGCGGCUGCAGAGAGUGUGCUUUCAGCCAUGGUGGCCACAUGUUUGCAGCUGUCAAUGGAAAUGUCAUUCACAUAUACUCUUUCACCUCUUUUGAGAAUGUCCUCAAUCUAAAGGCCCACAACAGGAAGGUCUGUGGCAUUGAAUGGAGCCUGGAUGACAGCCGGCUGGUGUCAUGUGGGAUGGAUGGUGCAGUGUAUGAGUGGAACACACAGACCGGCAAGCGUGAGUCAGAGAAUGUCCUCAAGUCCUGCAGCUACACAGGUGUUGCCUUCUCUUCAGACUGCAAGACCAUCUUGGCUGUGGGGACACACCUCACACUGAAGGAGAUCCAAGACUGUCAGGUCCUGAGGGAGGUUCCUGACACAGCCAUUGCAGUGUCUCACUGUGGUAGGGUCAUCUUCACCGGAACCUCCAGUGGAACUAUCAGGGCCAUUAAAUACCCUUUACCCAUCCAGAAGGAAUGGAUCACGUACCAGGCCCAUUGUGGCCCUGUCACCAAAGUGAGUCUGAAUGCUAAUAUAUACUGUCAAUGCAGGGUGUGCAACACCAGCUGUCUGUUGAUGUGGAAAAUCAUUGAUAAGGAGGGUCGAGGACUGAAGAGCAGCAAGCAGAUCAUCCACACUGAAGAGAUCCUUGCCACUAAGUCAGACCUGGAGGAAAAGAUGCAGCAAAUGCUGGAGCUGAAGAUGCACCUGGAGGAGCUGCAGAUGGAGAACGAGUACCAGCUCCGCCUGAAAGACAUGAGCUACAAUGAGAAGAUAAAAGAGACUUCCGAUAAGUUCACCCAGCAAAUUGAGUCUCUGAAAGCUGCACAGCAGGCUAUGGCGACAGAGAUGGAAAAGCAGGAGCAUGAGUACCAGGAGAGUUCUGCAGAGGUGACUGUGAAACACUCCAAAGAACUGAAGGAUUUAGAGUUAUCCUACAGCCAGAAACUGAUUGUGGAACAUGAACGGUACCAGGAUCUUCAGCAUAAACAUCAAAGGAUGCAGGAGGACUAUGAGAACCAGCUAAAGUCUGCAGAGGAGAGCAAAACCCAAGCCUUGGAGCGGCUGACACAGCACUACGAGGCCAAGCUGCAGGAGAAGACUCAGCUCCUGGCUCAGUGUCAGGAUGAUGCACAGCAGCAGAUCCGUGAGUUUAAGGAGAUUGUAAAGCAGGUAGAGGAGGAUGAGGAGAAGAUGAUCCAUGACAUCCAGAUCAAGUAUGAGAAGAAACUACACACAGAAAAAGAGACCAACACAAAUCUCAAGGGAGAAACUGGUAUCAUGACACAAAAGCUCUACAGUCUGCAGAGGCAGAUUAAUGACAAGAGCACAGAUAUAAACAACCUGGAGAAGGAGCGGCAGGGGCAGCUGGGCUUGAUCCGCUCCCUGGAGAGCGACAUUGAGGACCUGAAGAGGCAGAUUGCUGGGCAUGAAAAGACCAGCCAAGACAAGGAUAACACCAUUGCCAGCUUGAAGAAGAAGAACCAGGAACUGGAGAAGUUGAAGUUUGUUCUUGAUUUCCAUUUAAAUGAGUUGAAGAAGCAGAUUGAGCCUCAACAAGAUGACAUCAGUGAGAAGAAGGCCAGGAUCCAUCAGCUGGAGGAGGAGCUGGUGCAGAUUGACAAGAGCAACACUCAGCUGAAGCUCAUUAUCUCUGAGCUGAGGCUCAAACUGAGGACCAGAGAUAAAGAGAUGCACAAGGAGAUGCAAAAAGCGAAAGAUCUGGAGACAUAUCUUCAGCGGCUCAAGUCAGACCUUCAUAGCUGUGCUGGCUUCAUCCAGGAUCCAAGGAAGCUGAAGGACAGCGUGCAGAUGAUGUAUGCCCGCUACGUACCGCAGACCAAAGAGGUGGAGAAAAGCAGUGUAGACGAAGAUAUUCAGAGGGUGUUCUGUCGCCAGCGUGAUCACCUGGAGAGGACUGUUAAUAGUCUCAAGAUGAAGCUGGCCAAGUCAGCUGAGGAACAUGAGAAAGUCUAUGUCAGAAUCAUGAAGGAGAAUGUGACCCUGAUUACUGAAAUCAAUGAACUGCGUAAGGAGCUGUUUGCACUGAAGACUCAGAUUAAAGAUUACAAAGCUCAGCUGGCCACAUUCAAGAAGUCCAACAAGUCACGUCCCAGCUCAGAGCCAAGUUCCACACAGAAGGCCAAACAUGAAGACGUCAGUUAACAUCCUCCAUCAGCCACUCCACAGGCGGAAAUGCCGAGGAUUUCUAAUCUAUCAUGAUGAACAGCAGCAUUUUUAAUUAUACAAAACAUUUGAAUUUUAGACCAUCUUAUAGAUGCAAACUUGUUUUUUUAUUUAGAAGGAUCCUAAUUUGUCUAAAAUGUCACUCUGGAAUUAUUUCAAAGGUUUUACUAAAAAUAAAAAGUCAUGUCAAUUUGAAGACAAGCUGGUUUUUCAAAAGCUGACUUUUUAAGAUAUUGUAUUUUUCCUUGAUGUUUAAGUAUUAACAGCGAAGACCUGACACAAGCUCCUUCUGGCUUGAUCUGGCUGUUCCCGUGUCCACUGUGCACAACAUUGUCAAGAGGUUUACAGCCCAUUGGAGCUGUAGCCAAUCUCCCUGGAUGUGGACAAAAGAGAAAAACAGAUGACACAUCGUAACGAAGGAUUGUUUAGUGGAUAAAGAGCCUCGAUCAACAUCGAAACAAAUUCCAGCUGACCUGCAGGACCAGGGUGCAUCAGUGUCCAUUUGCACUAUCUGUCACCAUCUGAAUGACAAGAGACGCUAUGGUAGGAGACCCAGGGGGACCCACUGCU